CUUCACUGUCUGUGCGCGCUGCAUUGUAUGUGCGUGCGUGUGCACGGGUGUGUGUGUGGGGUGGGAGGUCAGUCCUCCAAAUUUACCAGGGCGUGCAGCAGCUGUCCACUGGCAUGUCAACGGGAGCGUCGCCGCAGCACACGCAGGGGUUCAGAAGCCAUCCGCUGUGCCUGCAGUGUGCGCUUUGACGGCUCUCCCCUCACUGUCUUCAUCACAUCAAGCAUGGCGGACCAGUACCUGUACAACACCAACGAGGAGAAGAUCAUGAAGGACAGCAACACCAAGGAGAUCGAUCUCAUCAACAGAGACCCCAAGCAGAUCAAUGAGGACGUGGUGAAGGUGGAGUUUGAGGAUGUCAUCGCAGAGCCAGACGGCACACACAGCCUGGACGGCGUAUGGAAGCUCAGCUACACCACCUUCACCGUGUCCAAGUACUGGUGCUACCGCAUUCUGUCCGCCAUCUUCGGCAUCCCCGUGGCGCUGCUCUGGGGCUUCCUGUUCGCCUGCAUCUCCUUCUGCCACAUCUGGGCCGUGAUGCCCUGCAUCAAGAGCUGCCUGAUCGAGUCGCAGUGCGUCAGCCGCAUCUACUUGCUGUGCAUUCAGACCUUCUGCGAUCCGUUGUUUGAAGCCCUGGGCAAGAUCUUCAGCAGCGUGCGAGUGGCAGUGCGCAAGGAAGUCUAAAAACUCACACGACACUGCUGUUAAUAGUGCGAUCAGAUGAGGUCUGGUAUCUUUUUCUACACCACCUUGGCGCCUUAUCAUGCGACAAUGCUGUUCACCGCACUCUCACCUUAAAGCGGUCUGUUAUCAUGACAUUUUGGUAGGAUUUUGUACAAAUAAUUACAGUGAUUAGUAGAAAAGUGAGAUAUUUGCAACACCUUGGCACCCUACCAUGCUGUUCCCCACCCUCUUUUAGAAGGAUUUUGUACAAAAAAAGUACCGUAAUUAGUAGAAAAUUGAUAUUAUUUGCGCCACCUUGGUACCCUACGAUGCUGUUCACCACCCUCUCAUCUCCAAGGGGCCCAUUAUUAUGAGAUUUUAGAAAGAUUUUGGACAUGGAAGUACAGUUAUUAGUAGAAAGUUGACAUAUUUGCAUCACCUCGGCAAGGGAGCGCACCUUGCUGUACCCCGCGCUCUUAUCCUUGAAGGAUUUGCUAUCAUUUAGUCAGAUUUUAUACCAAAAAGUACAGUUAUGAGUAGAAAUUUGACGUUUGUUGCGAUUGUUUUCGAGUGAAUGGAUUUGAAGAAAAUAGUACAAUAAGAAAUGCUUAGAAAUUACCCCAAAAAUAUAAAACAGCUUUUUCCGCCUGGUAUCAUUCCAACGUGUUGUCCCUGUCCAAUGAAAAGCAGGUAUCUCCAAAUUUGGGCGGGAAAAAAAAUCAGUUCUUGGUGUUAUUUCUUUUCGAGGAAAAGAAACAAAAUUUGGGGCUCCGCACUUUUAAAUGGACAGCAACUGUUUGUGGAAUGUGUCGUUAUUAUUUCAAAGUGCUUCUCUGCAGGCUGAUGACACACACACACAAACAGGUACCAUAUAAUGCAUCACUUUUCAGUGCAGAUUUCUUACUAAAUUCUCCUGACAAUUUAAGUUGCCGUUUACAUGAUAAACUAAUAACAUCGAGAAACCGUGAGGAUGCGCCUCGGUCUCCGUCCACAACGUGUCAGGACAAUAAUUCAUAUCAGAUGGAGAGAAUCGCCGUCGACAAGCGUGCAUGCAAGCGUGUCACGUAUGUCAGUUAGUUAUUCUGCUGGAAAAUGUUAAAUUCGUUUACAAUGACAAAUGCAAUUAGAUUUACUUGUUUAUAUAAUUCAAUGCAAAUUAAAUCAAAUGAAAACAAAUGUUCCAGAGCAUCUAUUGAGACUGGAUUUGUCUAAUGCACCACUUGUUUAAUUAUUAAACACAAACAACGUCAA